ACAGAGACAGUGGACCAUGUGUUUGGUUGCUGCAGGACAGGCGGCAUCAUCCCGACCGUAGCUCAGGCUCUGCACAGAGGAAACAUCGAGCGCGUGGUGCAGGAGGCUCUGGACCGGAGCGGCGUGGCGCCGGCCCAGCUGGCUGCUGUGGCUGCCACCGUGAAGCCCGGCCUGGCUCUGAGUCUGGCCGUGGGCCUGAGCUUCAGCCAGCGCUUCGUGAGACACCACAACAAGCCGUUCAUCCCUGUCCACCACAUGGAGGCCCACGCCCUGACCGUCAGGAUGCUGCAGCCGCUGCACUUCCCCUUCCUGGUGCUACUGGUGUCCGGAGGCCACGCCCUGCUGGCCGUGGCGCGGGGCGUCGACGACUUCCUGCUGCUGGGCCGAACUCUGGACGAAGCUCCAGGAGACACGCUGGACAAGGUGGCGCGCCGUCUGUCCCUGAGGAAACUGCCGCGCUGCGCCGCGCUGAGCGGCGGCCAGGCCAUCGAGCUGCUGGCGCAGGACGGCGACAGGAAGAGGUUCUGCUUCAGGACGCCGAUGGGACAAACGCCCGACUGCUGCUUCUCCUUCGCCGGGCUGCGGAACCAGGUCACCUUGCUGAUCCAGAAGCAGGAAGCCGAGGAAGGCGUAGAGGAAGGAACGGUGCUGUCGUGUGUGAACGACAUCGCUGCCGCCACGCAGCACACUGUGGCCUCACACCUGGCGAAGAGGACGCACCGGGCCGUCCUGUUCUGCAGAACCAACCAUCUGCUGCCGUCACAAAACCCGACGCUGGUGUUGUCUGGAGGUGUUGCCAGCAACCAGUACAUCCGUAAAGCUCUGGCGGUCGUCGCCGAGGCAACUGGGUUGCAGCUGCUCUGCCCUCCGUCUCGGUUCUGUACCGACAACGGAGCGAUGGUCGCCUGGAACGGAGUGGAGCGUCUGAGGGAAGGAAUCGGGAUCUUGGCGCCGGAGGUGGAGGUCAGCUACGAGCCCAGAGCUCCGCUGGGCGUGGACAUCACAGCCGAGGUGAGGGCCGCCGCCAUCAGGCUGCCGUCCAUCCGGAUCAAGAUCCCAGACUGACCGGCAGAGCUCCCUCUGUCCAAACUGUGCAAAUAUGAGAUGUUUAUUUAUGAAUAAAGUAUUUUAAUAUGAA